AUGGAAGAUAAUCAAAUACUAGACUCGGAAAAGGGAAGUACUGGAAAGCUUGAUGAUCAUCAAGAAGAAAAUAAGGAUAGUAAAUCUGAUGAAGAAUUAAAGUCUCCUUAUGCUAUAGUGAAUUUUUUAAGAAAUAUAAAAGGCAAUGCUCCAGUGGCUUUCAACAGAACUUUUGCUGCUGCAUCUAUUAUACUCUUUAUAAUUGCCACAGACAUGACAUUUUAUGGUAAGAUCUUGAUGUGUCUACUGGAGGCAGCACUUAUAGGAGUAAAUUAUAUGGCGGAAAAGACAUGCGCUACCGCUAAAACUCUUCUCUUAUUUAUGUGGCUAUCAACAGCCUUCUUUCUGCUGAUUAUUUGGCCAAUUAGUGCAUAUUUUUUUAUUCUGGCAUUUAUUUAUCCAUCUUUUAAAUUGGCAGUAGAUUCUGUAAGAGAAAAAGAUUAUUUGAGUUUUAUUACCUCUAUUCUUGGACCAGUUUUUAUUGUAAUGUCAUUUGUAGUUACUGGCUGGGUUCAACUAGUAAAGCCUAACAUGCUAUGUGUAUUUGCGAUGUCAUUAUUUUUCUUCAUGGGCACAUUUUGCAAUAUAGGACUUAUUUACAAAUUUUUUGAAUAUAUAAAAAUUACUAAUAAUGCAAGUUUUUAUAAUACUAUUAAGACAAUAUAUUAUGAUGAUUUCUAUAUAGAGAAGAAAAAGCAAGAAUUAGCUAGAUUGAAUAGUGAAGGAGCAUCUCAGAACAAAGAGAAAAUAGAUAAACUAAAAAAAGAAAUUAAAACUGUGGAACAAAAUAUAAAAUAUGUUGAAGAUAAUAGGAUUGAUGAUAGUGAAGAUUUAAAGAAAAAAAUUCUUUCAGAUGAAAUAUACGAUCUAUCACUAUAUAAUGCGAACUGCUGGGUGCUGAAAUCUUUCAGCAAGUACUGGUUCAUUAUUCUUCCUGUUGUAUCAAUUGUUGCGGGAACAGGAUUUGUAUUUAUGACCUGUUAUCUCAAUUCAAAGAUGCCUGUAGGUGAAUAUAUUCCUAUAUUCUUCCAGAAAUUAAAGGAUAGUUUGUUCCUGGGGAGUAGAGUCAUUUCAAACACUUCUGCCUAG